AUCACUAACGACGUUACUCUGAAAACCAUCUAAAAACGACUUUCGCUCCACCAUUUCCUCUGAAGAAGAAUCAGAUUCUCUCCCCUUCUCUCUCUCUCUCUUACACACACACACACAGCGCCCACUUCUUCUGCUUGUGGCGGCCGAGCGGUUAAAUAGUUAUUUCGGAUCUCUGCUAGCUCUGGAGUGUUUGAUUCGUAUUAUUUUUAGGGUUUCUGCGACUGAGGACUCGAAGCUCUUUCAUCCUGCAAAUCAGCAGUUGAAUAGACUUCAGAUUCAAGAAAACAACAAUUCCUUCUUCAAGUGAGACAACAUUCUGUAUCUCUAGUUCAACAAAUUUUCAUGCAAGUAUAACAUGGGAUCUGCCUGUUGUGUUGCUGCUAGAGAUAGAACCAUAACAGAUCGAUCUGGUAGUGAUGUUCAAGUUGUUACUAGAAAUGAUCGAUAUUCACCUUCAUGGAGUUUUCGAUGGGAUAACAGAGGGCGUGUAGCAGGUGAAGAAUCCUCCAUGAAUUGUUUUUCUGAUGGAGUGAUUACAAAUGAUCGGUUAGACAAUAAAUCUCAUACAACUGUAGAAACCGCAUAUGCAACAGAAGAAGGAAGCCCUUUGGAUAGUUCUAGAAGUCUCACAUGGCAAAAGUCUUCUUCACCUUCUCAAGAAAUCGGGUUCCCUCAAUCACAUCCUUUGAAUUCCAAGAAUCUUCCUGAGGGAAAGGAGUCAAUGGGAACUCCAUUAACUUCAGACCAAUCUCCAACAAAAACAUCAACGCCACCUCAUUCAACUUCAUCCUUGUCAGCAUCACCUCUAUCCUCCACCCAAGGCCACCUCCCGCCGCUCUCAACCCUAACCCCAUCACGGUGGCCCCGCCCAUCCCCAAACCACCACCACCACCUCCUCCGGCAAGUCUCCGACAGCCGAAUCCGCGGCAUAAUGUCUCCAAACUUUUCAAUAUCCGAAGACGGUUCACCUUCACCUUUCACACACCCAGGGUGGGCCAACAAGUCAACCCGCGGGUCCCACGGCGGGUCAUCCGAUGCUUCAUCUGACCCCACCUACUCCGAGCUCAUGGCAAUUUAUAACAAUAGCAAAAGAUGGUCUUUCGAUAGCGAAUCUUUAAGUUUUAGUCGCGAUAGGGUAAGCAGAUGUAGUGGUAGGGUUUCUUCUUCACCUUCCAUUGAUGUUCAACCGUGUGGUGUUUGCUCCAAGCUUUUGACCGAAAGAUCGUAUUGGGGCAGCCAGAAGGUGGCGGCGGCGGCGGGGUUGGCGGCAAAUGGGCUUCCGGUGGCGGCGGUUUUGAUAUGUGGGCAUGUUUAUCAUGCGGAGUGUUUGGAAAACAUGACACCCGAGGUUAACAAGUAUGAUCCCGCGUGUCCCGUGUGUACUUUUGGGGAAAAAAAGGUUUUUAAAUUAUCGGAAAAGGCACGAGGGGAAAUGGAUUUGAAGGGUAAGAUUGGUAAAUUGAGGAAAAGGGUGAUUGAUGGUGAUUCGGUUUUGUUUGAUGGGGUGAAAAGUAGAGGGCCAAGAAUGGGAGCAAGUUCUAGUAUGAAAAGUUCUUCGGGUAUUGGAAAACCGUUUUUGAGGAGACAUUUUUCUUUUGGGUAUAAACCGAAUAGAUCUUUGUCGGAUAAUGGAUCGAGAAAAAAGAAGUUUUUUUGGUCAAAAUCGAACAAGGAGUGAAGUUUCUUGAUUUAAAAGGUAGGAGUUGGUAUAAUAUUUCUAAAGAAAGAGAAGAGAUGAUAUAUGAUAUAUGAUAUAUGAUAUAUGAUAUAUGAUAUAUGUAUGUAGUUGUUUCACCUUCAUCAUCUCCACUCCAGCAUUGAGAGUUGAAAGCACAGGUGAAUGAAUAUUCAUUCAUAUACAACAACAGCUGGGAAGAAUAAUAUUUAUAUAUGAUGAAUUUCUAGAUUUAUUAUUUGUUUUUUUUUUUUUUUAACUUUUCGUAUUUUGUAAAGUAUUAUUAUUAAUGAUUAUUUUGUGUUAAUUCUCUCGCAUUUAAAUGUA